AUAAGUAAAGAUGUGUGAUAAUUCUGAUUCCUCUGAGUUUUACUCUCAGUCUUCAAAAUAAGGAAAUAAGUAUUUGCUAGAUUUAAAAAAUAAGGAAAAAAGAUUAUUAAUAAAUACAAUAAAAUAUAUCUGAUAGUGAGAAUGAAUAAAUAAAAAAGAAAGCCAAACUUAAUGAUGAUAGUGGAUAAAUAAAAAUAUCAAGAAAAAUUAGUGAUGAUUUGAUUAAGAUUUUUGAAAGAUUACCAAAUGAUUAAAUUACGAAACUUUUAGAUGUAAUUAAAGUAAAGAAUUCACGUAUUUCAAAUACAAAAUUCUAUUUUAUAGCUGACUUACCAGUUCAAGUAAAUUUAGAAGAUUUGAUGCCUAAGGAAGACGAUUUUUAAUUAGAUAGUUAAUCAGAUUCUUAGAUAGGAAAAACAAGAAAGAGAAGAAAAUCAAAGGAAAAAGAAUGCAAAUGUUGUAAGUAAGUUGUUAAACGUCAUCAUUGUAUACAUACAGAAUGUGAUAAACCUUGUUAAGUUUUAGAAAAAAACAAAAAAAGUAAGUCAUGA